AUGGAUGAGACUGAGAAGGAGAAUAUAUUUCACAAGCUAAACCUCAAUCCACCUGAAUACAAUGUCCCAUUUGUAACUCCAGAAACUGUGUUAACACCUACAGUUUUUGAGCUACUUAGAAAAAUCUCUUCCAAUGACCUUCUUAAUUUCUUUGUUAUUGAUGAAGCCCAUUGCAUUGACAUGUGGGGCUCUCAUUUCCGUCCUAGCUACUCUAAACUACGGAAGUUUGCUGACUUUGGAGGACCAAUGUCAGCAAUGACUGGCACAGCAACCAAACGAACAGAGGAUGCAAUCCUCAAGAGUUUACGUCUGCCAGAAGACACCGUUGUCAUAUGA